GCCUGAUACCCCUUUGGGCUUAGAUCUGCGUGUCUCCUGGAAUCUAUUAAAGCUUCGCUUUCUCUUCGUUUUCUUCUUUUUCAUUCAUCCCAAACUUCUUCUCUUGACUACUCUUCCAUACCAAUCUCAGCAAAAUGUUCAACUUCUCUCUCUUCAAGUCCUCCAAGGAGGAAACCCCCGCCGCCACGUGGAACCCCAACACUCUUACCAUGGAACAGCCCUCGAGUCCCGAGGCUCCUCAUGCCCAGCAGCAGCAGGUUGUUACUGAGCAGCCGUCUACUCAGGAACCGAUGCAGAUGGGCCUCCGCGGUGGUAACGGUGGUGGUAUCUGCUGCGGAAUCUGCGCCGGUCUUGCUUGCUUCGAGUGCUGCGAAAUCUGCUGCUAAACACGUCGGUUCGUCCCGAUAAUGGAAUAAUGGAUAAUGGAUAUGAGAGCGGGACAAAUGGUUGGCGGGAAUCGCUGAAUCGGUUCGCGUCGCAUACUACUACGGAGGAGGGAAUACGUUGUAUUAUACCCCGGUCUAUUGUGAUAGAUCUAUUACGAUAAUAAUGGACUCUUAAGGAUGUUAUUGAUUGCGGU